UGCUCGGUGUCUCUGCACGCGUCAUGCGUCGUCGUCUUUCGCGACGUAGCGGCGGUGCCGGGCAGUAGAAUUACUCGUGUUCCGUCUUGUCGGCCAGUACGAGGCAGCCAAUAACGACGGUGCUUGUGACAGCAGACGUGUCGUAUACCUUUGAUUCGUCGUAGUGCGCGUAGUUCGCUCGGAUGAUUUUAGAGAUCGCGACGACGAUCGACGACAACGGGAUGCGAUCGAGAAACGCUGCGACGGCGAUCGGAGUGUAAAUCGUACGGCCGCCUGGUCCAUAGAGUUACCGCUAGGAAACGGGACUCCUGCUCGGGUCGACGAAAACGUAUCGAGGAUCGGAAAGCCACCACUGGUAGUAAGCUUGGCAGGUGGUUCUCAAACGAUAUCGCGACCGUCCUUUUUCCACAUUCAGUGAAAGUGAUCGGCGGUGAAGCGUUCUCGAGUUGGCCGGAUGCUCGGCCGACAGGUGCGUUCGUAGAGGCUCGCUCGGUGUACCGGGCCAGCCGAUACUUUGUAACGAUUGGUUCGGACGCGAGCUUCGGCCAACGCUCGACCAAUCACGUACGCGCACGGACCAGGCGGCUUUUCCGCGAUUCCGGCGCCGAUCGACUUCGGCUCGUUACUGCGAAUUGCUCCGUGAAACUCGAGGACAACGUCUGUAACGAGGAAUCAUGAGUCUACUGUCUUCUUCCAUCGGCAACGUUCGCUGCCUCACGGACGAAGAGGCCGAUCACAAUAUGCUUCAGGACUUGCAAUUGGCUGCAGAACUCGGCAAAACACUUUUAGAACGGAACAAGGAAUUAGAAAACAUUAUCAAAACACACCAGUCCACCGUUGAGGAACAAGCACAAGAAAUAGAGUAUAUGAAAAAACAAACAGCUGCUUUGAGGGAGGUAAACGACUCACGAUUGAAAAUUUAUGAGCAACUCGAAGUCAGCAUCCAGGAUUUGGAACGUGCAAAUCACCGUCUCGUGAUUGAGAACACAAGUGACAAAAAGCUAAUCAAAAGCCAGUGUUUGACGAUCGAGAGCUUGGAAACUCGGUGCGAGGAAUUCCAGAAGAAAAUCGACGAGAUAAACGAGCAACAUGAAAGUAUACUUCGGCAACAGACUGCGAGUCAAUCGACGAAUACCGCACAAACACAGACCUUUUUAUGGAAAGCGCCGGCCAUGCAGGGUGGCAGCAUACAACAGAGCGCUGCCUCACGUGGCCAAAGACCUUUCCAAGAAGCUAUCAUUGACUCGAACGUUCGACAAUUUCAUACAACAGUUUCAACAAACGACGAAGAAGUUACCGAAUUGCUGAGGCAGGUGCAGGAAGCGCGAAGUCAAAGAACAAGGGAGCAAAAGAAAGUCGCUGAGCUCGAACAACAAUUAACUACUGUAUUGCAGGAAAAUACUACAUUAGAAGAACAGUUGAACGUUUUGCGGGGUAAAGCACAAGACGUAAAAAAUCUUCAAGAAGAAAUAAACACGCUCGAAGAAGUUAGACGAGGCCAACUAUGUGGACGAUGUUUACGCGGAAUGGAAUCUAAAACACACGACGAACUCUCUAUAAUGUUGAACCAGGAAGAGUACGAUGACAUUGGCAUGGCUGAAUCACUCAUAAGUGACACUCAACGUGACACCGUAUCUGUUACCGAGGAUACGAACGAACUCGAAGGACAAAACGACUUGAAGAAUCCCUACAGAGAGCUAGUAGAAAAGUACCAAGCUUUGUUAGAAGUUCAAAGACGCUCGGCUCUUCGACGAAAGGACAGCGUGCCAACGCCUAUGUCGUUGCAAGAAGAACUGGAGAUGUCGGGCGAAUUUAACAACUUCCAUGCUCCGACGUUGGAAACGGAGAUUCAACAAGAACCGACGAAACCUGCCAGUGGAAACGCUACACGUGCCAAAACUGAAGUAUGCGGUAAGAAAAUACUCUCGGCUACACCUACAGACUUCUCCGAAGCCGAGACUUCGUCUUCUGGAUUCUCGGACGAGACGAGCAAUAAAGCGACGCAAACGGAAGGAAGGCCCGGCUCCUUCCUUUGUUCUAUCGCGGACGGAGAAGAUUGCAAGUUCAGCAUUUAUGACGAUAAUAGCCCGUUCGAGAGUAGAUUUAGGAAAACACCAGAAUAUAGACAAUUAUUUAGCGAGAUAUUCAGCGUCCUUAAACGAGCGGCGGAAGCCAAAGACGAAGGGGAAAAAUUACCGUUGCUCGAUGAUUCUACGACUACGACAGCUUCUCAACAGCAAUCGCCGAUUCCACUCCAAGAGGAAGUUCCAAGCGAGACUACGGACGACAACCAGAGCGUCACUUCGUCCAUGUUCUCCUCCGCAGUAUCUGAGCCGCCUUACAGAGUACAAUUGCCUGCCUCAUCGAACGAAGUUAAAGAAGAACAAAAUACCGAGACAAGUACGAUUGCGCAGGCAAAAAUUAGAAACGAUAUUAUUCGAGACACGAAUCAUACGGUUUCUAUAGCGCUUAAUUAUAAAAAGAAAGCCACAAGAAAAAAUACUAAUAGAAAAUUGUCGUAUAACGAGAGACCAGCGACGCCUGAUACGAUUCCGACGACAAACCCGAGGUACGUGCCGCCAAAGUCGAACAGCGGUGGAAAGAAGAAGUUCAGACCUUUCACAAUCGCCAAUCAAAAUGGUAGUCUCGUCUGUAAUGGAUACAGUUAUGCGAGUAAAAUUAAAGAAUCGCCCAAUUACGGAAGACAGUCAAAUAACGUGUACAUACAGAACCAGAACGAUCAACAGAAUAGCAGUUUUGAGUACAGAAACUAUAAACCGAGCACCGCGUCUGAAGAUGUUGCUCGAUUAAAACGUUUAGAAAUGUCUUACGCAGAAGUUCUUCGAUUGCCAAAUAGGUCUAAAACAAGUAAUUAUCGUAGAAGUUAAAAUAUUCACAUACGCGAUACCUUUAAACGAAAAAGAAACUUUUAUACGUAAGAUAUAGUCAAAUGAGAUUAAGUUGCGAAUUUUUUAAGUAUUUAAUGUCAAAUAAAUACUUAGAACAUGAUUUAAAUUAUUUCCGAAAUAAUUAUUCAGUAUUGAUAAUCAGUGCUACCUUGUGAAUAUCUAAGAGAAGCGAUUGUGAGUAACGUCUGUACUAGAUAUUAAACUAUUUGACAUUAAUUUUUUAUUGUAUUUUGUAUCUUAAUUGUAUAUGUUUUUUCAUGUGAAUGUGUGUGGGUAACCAAGGUACAUAACUUUAAUAUAUUCAAUAAUAUCUGCAAGAGAUCUAUGAGUAAGAUAAGUCGAGUCGUGCCUCGCGAGUUCGUUUUUCUUUAGAAAUUGUAGUUGUAACCAGGAAUAAAAUUAUUUAUGUGCCAUUUA